GCUCAAAGCCUAUUAUAUGUUGUAGAGAGACACUGAAGUCAUACCAGCUAAAGACUGAACCUGCCUGGAAAUCAUGCCUAUUAAAGGAAAGGCAUCAAAACAUUUCCUGAGAUGUGUGACCAUUUUGGUCAUUCAUAUGUGUAUAACGGACUCAAAAAAACUCCCCCACGUUUCAGAAAAGUUUUCAGAGUACUCUAAGAAAAUGUUCUAUCUGGAUCACUUAAGAGACAAAACACACGUAUUAAAAGCUACUAGAACCACAGAGAUCAAAACCACAGCCACCACAACCACAGCAGCCACAAAAUCACCAACCACAAACAAAGCUGACAUGACUGCAAAGUCCACAACCACACUCUCUACAACUGCCACAACUACUAAAUAUGCAACAAAGGCUGGCUCAACUACUAAAUCCACAACUACUGCUCGCUCUACUACUAAAUCCACAACUACAGCUCCCUCAACUCCUAAAUGCACAGCUAUGGCUCACCUAACUACUAAAUCCAAAACUAUGGCUUCCUCAACUACUAAAUCCACAACUACAGCUCCCUCAACUCCUAAAUGCACAGCUAUGGCUCACCUAACUACUAAAUCCAAAACUAUGGCUCCCUCAACUACUAAAUCCACAACUACAGCUCCCUCAACUCCUAAAUGCACAGCUAUGGCUCACAUAGCUACUAAAUCCGAAACUACGGCUCCCUCAUCAACUAAAUCCACAAGUACAGCUCGCUCAACUACAAACUCCACAACUACAGCCCCCUCAACUACAAACUUUAAAAAUACAGCUCCCUUAAAGACAAACUCCACAACUCCAGCUCCCUCAACUACAAAUAUUACAACUCCAGCUCCCUCAACCACAAACUCUACAACUACAAACAUUACCACUACAGCUCCCUCAACCACAAACUCUUCAAACACAGAUCCUUCAUCUACAAACAUUAUAACUACAGCUCCCUCAACCACAAACUCUACAAAUACAAACAUUACCACUACAGCUCCCUCAACUACAAACUCUACAACUACAAACAUUACCACUACAGCUCCCUCAACCACAAACUCUUCAAACACUGAUCCUUCAUCUACAAACAUUAUAACUACAGCUCCCUCAACCACAAACUCUACAACUACAAACAUUACCACUACAGCUCCCUCAACCACAAACUCUUCAAACACUGAUCCUUCAUCUACAAACAUUAUAACUACAGCUCCCUCAACCACAAACUCUACAACUACAAACAUUACCACUACAGCUCCCUCAACCACAAACUCUUCAAACACUGAUCCUUCAUCUACAAACAUUAUAACUACAGCUCCCUCAACCACAAACUCUACAACUACAAACAUUACCACUACAGCUCCCUCAACCACAAACUCUUCAAACACUGAUCCUUCAUCUACAAACAUUAUAACUACAGCUCCCUCAACCACAAACUCUACAACUACAAACAUUACCACUACAGCUCCCUCAACCACAAACUCUUCAAACACAGAUCCUUCAUCUACAAACAUUAUAACUACAGCUCCCUCAACCACAAACUCUACAACUACAAACAUUAUAACUACAGCUCCCUCAACCACAAACUCAACAACACCAGCUCCCUCAACUACAAAUAUUACAACUCCAGCUCCCUCAACCACAAACUCUACGACUACAAACAUUACCACUACAUCUCCCUCAACCACAAACUCUACAUCUACAAACAUUAUAACUACAGCUCCCUCAACCACAAACUCUACAACUACAAACAUUACCACUACAGCUCCCUCAACCACAAACUCUUCAAACACUGAUCCUUCAUCUACAAACAUUAUAACUACAGCUCCCUCAACCACAAACUCUUCAAACACAGAUCCUUCAUCUACAAACAUUAUAACUACAGCUCCCUCAACCACAAACUCUACAACUACAAACAUUAUAACUACAGCUCCCUCAACCACAAACUCUACAAACACAGCUCCCUCUACUACAGACCUUACUACUACAGCUCCCUCAACUACAAACUUUAUAACUACAGCUCCCUCAACCACAAACUCCACAAAUACUGAUUCCUCAACUACAAACUUUAGAACUACAGCUCCCUCAACCACAAACUCCACAACUCCAGCUCCCUCAACUACAAAUAUUACAACUCCAGCUCCCUCAACCACAAACUCUACAACUACAAACAUUACCACUACAGCUCCCUCAACCACAAACUCUUCAAACACAGAUCCUUCAUCUACAAACAUUAUAACUACAGCUCCCUCAACCACAAACUCUACAACUACAAACAUUACCAGUACAGCUCCCUCAACCACAAACUCUUCAAACACUGAUCCUUCAUCUACAAACAUUAUAACUACAGCUCCCUCAACCACAAACUCUACAACUACAAACUCCACAAAUACAGAUCCCUCAACCACAAACUCUUCAAACACUGAUCCUUCAUCUACAAACAUUAUAACUACAUCUCCCUCAACCACAAACUCCCCAACUACAUCUCCCUCAAAUACAAACUCCACAAAUACAGAUCCUUCAACUACAAACAUUACAACUUCAGCUCCCUCAACCACAAACUCCCCAACUACAUCUCCCUCAACUACAAACAUUACAACUACAGCUCUCUCAACCACAGACUCCAAAAAUACAGAUCCCUUAACUACAAACAUUGCAAGUACAGCUCCCUCAAACACAAACCUUACAACUACAGCUCCCUCAAAUGCAAAUUCCACAACUACAGCCAAAUCAACUACAAACAUUAAAACUACAGCUCUCUCAACCACAAACUCCACAAAUACAGAUCCCUCAAUUACAAACAUUAUAACUACAGCUCCCUCAACCACAAACUUCACAACUACAGCUCCCUCAACCACAAACUUCACAACUACAGGUCCCUCAACCACAAACUUCACAACUACAGCUCCCUCAACCACAUACUCUACAAAUACAGCUCCCGCAACCUCAAACUCCACAAAUACAUAUCUCUCAACCACAAACUACACAAAUACAGAUCACUCAACUACAAACUUUACAACUACAGCUCCCUCAACCACAAACUCAACAACUACAGCUCCCUCAACCACAAACUUCACAACUACAGCUCCCUCAACCACAAACUCUACAAAUACAGCUCCCGCAACCUCAAACUCCACAAAUACAUAUCUCUCAACCACAAACUACACAAAUACAGAUCACUCAACUACAAACUUUACAACUACAGCUCCCUCAACCACAAACUCAACAACUACAGCUCCCUCAACCACAAACUCCACAAAUACAGCUCCCUCAAACACAAACCUUACAACUACAGCUCCCUCAAAUGCAAAUUCCACAACUACAGACAAUUCAACUGCAAACUUUAGAACUACAGCUCCCUCAACCACAAACUCCACAAAUACAGAUCCUUCAACUACAAACAUUAAAACUACAGCUCUCUCAACCACAAACUCCACAAAUACAGCUCCCUCAACCACAAACUUCACAACUACAGCUCUCUCAACCACAAACUCCACAAAUACAGAUCUCUCAGCUACAAACUCAACAACUACAGCUCUCUCAACCACAAACUACACAAAUACAGAUCCCUCAACUACAAACUUUAGAACUACAGCUCCCUCAACCACAAACUCAACAACCACAGCUCUCUCAACCAUAAACUUUACAAAUACAGUUCUUUCAACUACAAACAUUACAACUACAACUCCCUCAACCACAAACUCCCCAACUACAUCUCCUUCAACCACAGACUCCCAAACUACAGCUUCCUCAAAAACAAACUCCACAACUAAAUCUCCCUUAACCACAAACUUCACAAAUACAGCUCCCUCAACCACAAACUGCACAACUACAGCUCCUUCAACUACAAACAUUAAAACUACAGCCCCCGCAAAAACAAACUCCACGUCUACGGAUCUUUCAACUAUAAACUCCACAAUUACAUAUGCCUCAACUACAAACUAUACAACCACACUCUCCACAACUGCAGCAAAUAAAAAUAUCACAAAUAAUGAAUCCACAACCACAAACUCCACAACUACAGCUCCCUCAACCACAAACUCCACAUCUACAGCUCCCUCAACUACAAACUCCACAUCUACAGCUCCCUCAACUACAAACUCCACAACUACAGCUCCCUCAAUCAAAAACUCCACAACUACAGCUACCUCAACCAUCUCAAACUCCAUAACCGCGGACUCCACAACUACAGUCCUGUCAACGUCAGAGACAUUUGUCAUAACUUUCUCGCUGAGAAUAAUUGAAAAUUUUGACUUGGAACUUGCCAACAUCUCUAGUGAGAAGUACCAAAAAUAUAGAAAGAUAAUUGGGAAUUCAAUUAACAAAGGUUACAGCAGUGUAUCUGCCUACAAGAUUAAUUCUGUGGCUGUAACUGGGUUCAGGCCUGGAAGUGUGAUUGCGGAUUUCAAUAUUAGUUCAACAAGUACCUACCUUGAUUUGGUAUCAGCAAACCAGCAAGUAGUCACCAGUCUCCGAGAACAGGGAUUUAAUAUAAGCGAUGAUGCACUCAGUAGAACUGUUAAAGAUGGGCUGUAUGAAAACAAAAGCCAAAUAUAUCCUCAGAACGAUCUCCCACUAUCUUGUAAAACGGCAAAUGGCACCAUAACAUGGAUAAAGGAUGGGAAUAAACUAGAGCCAUCGAAUAAAUAUAUAAUAAAUAAAACUUCACUAAUUGUAAAAAACACUACUCCAGAUGACACUGGUGUAUACGAAUGCAUAACAACAGAGAACUCAAUGCCUUAUGUUAUCUGGCAAAGCAUUAUGAUUCCAGACCCCAAUAUUCAACUAAACCUUUCAAAAGCUGUAACAUGUAGCAGCAAAGUAAUUCUACAAUGUUGUGUGCAGCAGAGCUAUAGUGUGACAUGGAUCACACUUUCCAGUGAGGCUUGCAGUGAAUCAGUGCAAGAAAAUGGCUGCAUAUACUGUGACUACAGCGUCAAUGAAAAUAAGUGUCGAGUGAUGGACCAAAACCUGACGAUCAUAUGUAAACUCACUGAAAGUGAUUACUCGAAGAGCUUCAGUCUAGCUGCAGUCAACAAACAAUUUACCUGCUUUGACAAUAGCUCUAACAAUGCAUUUGGUGCUGGAUAUAAGGGAGACAACAAAACUGGUGACUGUAAUGGAGACAUGAUUGGUUAUCAAAUAGCUGAGUGCCAUGCAUCGGGUUACUGGAUGGUUAAAUAUGACAACUGUAUCACGCGAGACAUAAAAUAUUUGAAAGACAGAUCUAAGAAUUUAUUAAUCACAGACCUGCCAAUGUUUGCACACAAUGUAAGCAAUGCUGCAAUUGAAAAAGCUUCUGAGAUAACAAAGUCUUAUGCAACCAUCUUAACAAUUGUUGAGCUACUAAAAACCAUUUCUGAUCUAUCACAAACAAUUAUUGUUAGUGAAGAGAUUAUGACAGAUUAUUUGAAAACGCUGGAUGUCAUUGGAUCAAAUGAUGCGCAGGAUGCAUGGUUGUUUUUAAACAGAAACAUUACAACUAUGGCAAAGAGCUCUGAACUUCUGGACUCUACUGAGAAAAUUACACGCAGACUCCAUGAUGAAAGCUUUAACAUAUCAACAAAUUUGUCCUCUCUCCAAAAAUUCAGUAACAUUUCUAACCACUUUAAUGGAACGUUUGGCAAAAAUUCAACUACUCAAAUAAGUAUUCCAACGAUCACUACACAGACGUCCCUCACAGUUAUCAUUUCUUCAGUUCUUAACAACAUCUUACCUGUUCGAACUCUGACCUACAAUGACAGCAGUCAGACUGGCACCAAGAUCAAUGGAGACGUAGCUGUGAUUGAGACAAACUCAACAAUUAACAACAUCUCUCUCUCUUUUACUAUUAAAAAUAAGACACUGGUAAAACCUCAGUGUGUCUUCUGGAACUUUAAUAUUCUGAAUGGUGUUGGUGGAUGGGACUCGACUGGAUGUCAGUUAAAGCUAUUAGGGAAUGAACCUGAAAGAUACACAUGUGAGUGCAAUCACACCACCUCUUUUUCAAUCCUGAUGUCACCAUUUACGCUGGAUAAAGACCAAGCCAUAAUCUUAGACUAUAUAACUUACAUUGGUGUUGGCAUUUCAAUGGGCAGCUUGGUUUUGUGCCUCAUCAUUGAAAUCAUCAUAUGGAAAUCAGUGACACGAAAUGACACAUCCUACAUGCGACAUGUCACCAUAGUCAACAUCGCAGUCUCCCUCCUGAUUGCGAACAUUUGCUUCAUCAUUGGAGCAGCUGUUGUUAAACAAGAGGGUCCAUGCAAUACAGUGACGUUCUUCAUGCACUUCUUUUAUCUUGCCCUUUUCUUCUGGAUGUUGUUGUCAGCACUUUUGCUCCUCUACCGCACCCUCAUGGUCUUUUCCAGAAUGACCAGAGGAGCAAUGAUGGCCAUAGGCUUCACUGUUGGCUAUGGAGCCCCGUUAAUCAUAGCUGUCGUUACUGUGGCAUCUACAGCUGGAGGCAAAGGAUACAUUCAACAAGGUUACAAUUGUUGGCUGAACUGGAAUAAAACAAAGGCUCUCCUGGCAUUUGUGAUUCCUGCUCUGACGAUUGUAGCUAUAAACCUCCUGGUGCUUAUUGUGGUUCUGUUUAAGAUGUUGAUGAGAGGAGUUAAUGCUUCUGUUCAGCCAGAUGAUAAACAUCCCCUAGUGGUCAUUGCUAGAUGUGUGGUGAUUUUAACACCUCUCUUUGGUCUAACGUGGGGAUUCGGCAUUGGGACCUUGGUGUCACCAAACUUCGGAGUUCACGUGGUGUUCGCAUUCCUUAAUUCACUGCAGGGUUUUUUUAUUUUGUUGUUUGGAACAUUAAUGGAUUCUAAGGUCCGAGAAGCACUAGCAGAAAAGUUGUCACUGACAAACCUUAGCUCUAUUCACACCAGGAGUACAAACGUGGGAUCAUCCUCAGGUGGAUUUCCUUUCAUACAAAAGUUACGGAACAGAAAUGCUCACAAUGUAUCGGAAGCCAGAGUUUUGACCACGUCUUCAAGCAACUAGGACAGUUUCUAGCAGUUAAGCUACUGUAGAUGAAAUUGCAUACUUCACUAUUAUCCGAAGCUAUGAACAAUUAAGGCAGGACACAACUGAGCAGGUAAAGAUUAAGGACCAUGACGCUUUGGCUGUGCUGUGAUUUCAACUGACAUCCUUCUGUAAAUCAGAUUCCUGACACAGUUCCACUUGAACAAAUAGCUCAGCAAACUUUAUUGUGAAAUUUUGUUAGUUGUCACUUUUUAACCUAUAAGCAAAGCAUAACACAAUACGUCACUUUACAUCCCAUCCUGUCUACUCUCAGUCAAACAGUUAACAUUGUUGUCUUACACUUAUAAUAAAAGUUGCCAAAGGUUAAGCUUAUGCUGAAAUUUUAGUUUUUGGUUCACAAAUAAAGCACUGAAGAAAAUUCAUCCAUUCAUUCAUUUUCUACCGCUUUAUCCGAACUACCUCGGGUCACGGGGAGCCUGUGCCUAUCUCAGGCGUCACUGAAGAAAAUCAAUUUUUUUAUUGCCCGUAUCUGUCAAUAAUCAUUUUGAAUAGUGCAACAUAUCUUUUAAUACUUUUGGUAAACCAACUCAUUUUCAACUGUUUAUUUAUUUAUUUAUUUUUUCAUUUACAUUUUCAUGUUCAUAUACUUAAAUUUAACAUUUGUCCUUCUUACAUUGCCAGAAAUUAACAAAUAAUUGUUCACUCACCUGUGUCCAAUCAAAAUGGAUUGUUUAAUAUUUUUGUUUAAGUUGGUGUUACAUUGAGAAUGGGAUUGGCUCUCGGAUUAAGCUUUAGCUUUCUUUCUUUAUUCUUUCUUUAUUUUGGUUAACCAAUCGGAAGGUUGUGAGUUCAACUCCCACUUCCACCAGGCUGCCACUGCUGGGCCCGUGAGCAAGGCCUAAACCCUCAAUUGCUCAGUUGUAUAAAAUUGAGAUAAUGUAAGUCGCUCUUUAUAAGGGCAUCUGCCAAAUGCUGGAAAUGUAAUAUAUUUAAAAUUUGGAUUGUGGCCUGUUACUUUUACUAUGCUUUUUUAUUUACUUUGUAAAUAAAUCAACCUUCUGUGCUUAAACUUAUGGAGUGUCAUUGUUAAAGCUUAAGAAACAUGUUACUUUUGUCCUAAUCUAUUUAAUUUUAUAUCAUUAAAUUUUUGUGACUUCAA